AUAAAAAGGAAAGCGAUUUUGGAGCUGUUCUCAUGAUCUUAGAAAUCUCAGUGGCUGGAAUUGGUAGAGGUGGUUAUAGCCACCUAGUGGCGGGGUGAAAAGAUGGUUUUCCAUUUCUAUAGCAGAUGAAAGUGUAUGGCUUAAAAUAUCAUGAUGAAAUAUUAAAAUGACACUUGCAUUUAAUCAACAAUAAAAUUUUUCUUGUGUUGUUGUCUUACGAGUUAUGAUUUCGCGCAUCUUUAAUUCGCUGUUUACUUUUUCCCCAUUGUAACAUUCUUGAGUAUUGAACCGGUAUUAUUAGUUAUGUUUAUGAAAUAACUGUGUUUUGUAAAUAGUGACUUCGUGAAUGUUUAUCAACGAAUUGAUAUUAAAAAUUUAUAACAGGACGAUGUUGACUACUUAAAAUUUUAAUUAGUGCAAUUCUCAGUUUAUCCUGAGAGAUUUUUGAUAAGAAUUCAAGGAUAUGGCAGAAGUGUUGUUUGAUGAUGUUUAUGAUCUGUGUGAGAUUAUCGGCAGGGGUCCUUUUAGCUUAGUUCGUCGUUGUAUUCAUAAAACUACGGGUCAACAGUUCGCUGUAAAAAUUGUAGAUGUUGCAAAAUUUACUUCUUAUCCUGGUCUUAGCACAGAAGAUUUAAAAAGAGAAGCCACAAUUUGUCAUAUGUUGAAACAUCCCCAUAUUGUAGAGCUUUUGGAAACGUAUAGUUCUGAAGGCAUGCUUUAUAUGGUUUUUGAAUUUAUGGAGGGUUCUGAUUUAUGUUUUGAAAUUGUAAAGCGUGCUGUUGCUGGAUUUGUAUAUAGUGAAGCAGUUGCUAGCCAUUAUCUUCGCCAAAUAUUAGAAGCUGUUUGUUACUGCCACAGUAAUGAUAUAAUUCAUCGUGAUAUUAAACCACAGAGUGUCCUUAUUGCUACAAAAGAAAACUCAGCUCCUGUUAAACUAGGAGGAUUUGGAGUUGCAGUGCAGCUUUCUAGUAACCAGUUAGUAAAUCCAGGUCGAGUUGGUACACCUCAUUUCAUGGCACCAGAAGUUGUCCAAAGGCAAUCAUAUGGAAAGCCUGCAGAUAUUUGGAGUUGUGGUGUCUUGCUCUAUACAUUGCUCAGUGGAACAUUACCUUUUAUGGGGACCAAAGAGCGACUUUUCCAGAAUAUUUGCACUGGACGACUUAAUCUUGCUGGGAGGCACUGGGAUACCAUCAGUGACUUUGCCAAAGAUAUGAUACGUAGAAUGCUCACUGUUGACCCUAUGUACAGAAUAACAGUUGAAGAAGCACUACAACAUUGGUGGAUAAAGGGUCGUGAAAGAUGUGCUCCAAAACGACACCUAUCCCAUAGUGUAGAUGAGCUUAAACGAUUUAAUGCUAGAAGAAAACUUAAAGGUGCAGUAAUAGCAGCAGUUUCAAGUCCAAAAUGGAAUAAUUAUUACUACGAUCCCAUCUGUGAUGGAGCAUCAGAAUAUGGUAUUGAAGAUGAAAUCACAGCUGCAG